CUAGGCCAGAACCACAAUCCACAUGACAUGGUCUAUAAAUAUAAGAAAAUGGCAAUCGGGAAUUGCUCAGUAAGUAAAGUUCUCUACUACACACUGCUUGUCAAGAUAUUAAACGUACGUGAGAAAUGUCUUCCUCUCAAGUUGGACAGAACCACCAGGCCUCCUUGGAGCUGGUCAAGCAUGCGCAAAGUAUAGCCGCGGCGAGGGAGGUGAACCCACAAGAUCAACUAUUUCUGAUGGGACACUUGAGGAAUAACACCUCAGGGCCCAUGACCAUACAUGCUCAGUAUGUAUGGUCUGGAACAAUCAUCAGGAAUUUCCCGGAAACUCUUGUCAGUGGUGUUAAUGCUGAGUUUGAGCAAGUGUCUAAAAUUGCUGCAAAUGGCAUCAAGAGUGCCGUGGUGUAUUCAGGCAGAGUCGUUGAUGGACAAAGUCAGUGUGGAUGGCUCGUUGCUUGGUCCAACCCUGAGGAUAUCCAAGCCAAAAAGGUUUACGUAGAUUGUGGUCCAAUUAGCAAGUUCGACAACAUUGACUGGAAAAAGAUUGAUUUUGAGCUGAGUCAGUCUGAUAGUUGCGCCAGCCACACUGACCCAUUGACUCGCACCUCCGUGAACGCUUGUAUACGCCCUCCGGUUGCGAAAGCUGUCGGUGUUUGUAUUCUGGUCGUGGAGUACUACGGCUGAACAACCAGGCAGCCAUUAUCGAUCUACUCUUAGUAAUGCUAAUUAAGAGGAGUGGAUCAUAUAGAAAGAGUUGCUUAAUGUAACAAAUUAAUAUAUAUAAUGAAUAUUGAUGUUUUGCGUCGAGUGCUCUUUGUCAUGCGACGCACAAAGAUAAUUUGCGUCACUUCCGUGUCUGUGCGACGCAAAUCCGGGGACGCAAAUCAUCCUUUUUCUACUAGUGUAAUGAGGGGCAACAAGAACUAAGAACAUUUUCGUGACUUUCUAAGGCCAUGUAUGUUCUUUAAUUAGUAGUGUGUAGCUACUAUAUUUAUUAUUAAUAAAUAAAAAUGCCUCUUCUAUUUCCUAUA